AUGCUUCCGUGCUGUCUUUUCCUGCUCUUACUAAUGUUUUCUGGGAUCUACAGUAAUCCGAUUGAGCCGAAGAUCCAUGAGAAUAACACUGGUGUGAUUUCCGAACGCACGGAAUAUUUGCUUGACCAGUACUUUCCGAUACUAAUGACGCUAUGUAACGCGACUGUAAAUGAAACGGCGGAAAUGGAUAAUUUGAUUCAAAAGAAGCACUAUGCAGAGGUGAAGGAGUUGAUAGAUGCAAAAGUGGAAGAGUUUGAAUCCCAAUACGGUCUCGAAGCUGAGAAUGAUGUGAAUAUAACGGAAAUCGACAAUUUACUACGAUCAAACCACGGAGAGAAAUAUAUUCGAAUUUUGGAGGCUUACCAUAAUGCAACCAUCUACUCAAUAAUUCGAGGUCUCUGGAACGUACAACUAUACUCCAUCCUCCCUCCCAUAGAUCAGCAAGCAAUUCUCAGCUAUUUUGAGGACAAAUUAGCGCAUUUGAAUGCCAGGAAAUCAAUGUGGCGGCGGUUUUGGGAGGCGGUACAGGGGAUAUUUUGGACACACAAUGAGGUAGCCCAUUGCUGGGCGGAAUCGCCAAAGUGCGUCCGAGAAAUGGUAGAAGGGGUUCCGAUUGAAGAGCGGAAAGCUAUGCAAAUGGCGGCUGAUCAGGAUGACUUGAUAGCUGUGGAUAAGGCGAUGAAUUCACAGAUAAAUGAUAUGACUUCCGAGCAAAGAUCCGAAUUUUCAAGAUGGAAGUCGGAGAAUUAUCCUCCGCUUGCAUUAAUGACGAUUAUAUAUGAAGCAGGGCAAGAAGAAAAAGAUGCUCUCGAAAGAUUACGACAACAUGGUCUUCUUAGCUCAUUAAAAGCAUAUUACCGAGCAACAAUUGAAAUCAAAGAAGAAGAGGAGCAACAGGAAAUUCUCGACUUCGUCAAGGGUAUGAAUCAAACGUUCGCGGCAUGCUAUAACCCCUCGAAGACCCGAUAUCGCGAAUUGUUU